AUGUCAGAGCACCGUGCCGUGACCAAAAAUGCGGAUAUGUUGGAGGAGAUGCAACAGGAGCCAAUGGAGUGUGCUACUCAGGCAUUGGAGAAACAUAACAUAGAGAAGGACACCGCAGCCCGUAUCAAGAAGGAAUUUGACAAGAAGUACAACCCCACUUAGCACUGAAUCGUGAGGAGGUACUUGGGUAACUAUAUGACACGUGAAACCAAACACUUCAUCUACUUCUACCUGGGCCAAGCGGCCAUUCUUCUUUUCAAAUCUGGUUAAAAGCAUGGACUGUGCCACAUACCCAGUGAUCCACCCAAAAACAAGGACUGCAGCCUAAAUUCCAAAUACCAGAAACUGAAAUCUUCAGCCUUGCCUAAGGGAACAACUUCGAUCUUUGAACCUUUAUUGUGUUGUUUUGUAUAGGGUAUUCUCUAUACUAGUUUGUGGUUAUAAAACAAUUAGCAAAACAGCUUACAUUUGUAUUUAUUUUCUAUUCCAUACCUCUCUGCCCCAUGUUUUUUCUCCUCACAUCCACUCCUUUCAAAAAAAAAAAUAAUAAUAAAUCUGUUAGAGAAGUG